AUGACGACUGAGAUUCAUUCAUGUGCUCUUGUAAGAUCCCUAUUGCAUGAAAUUCGAAGAUGUAAAUGGAAAUCUGAUGAUUGGAAAGCAUAUGGUUACAUAUACUUGGGAGCAAAAGGAGAUAUCAAAGUUUGGAACCCCUACGUUGAGUCGGAUGAUGAGUACAGUACUUCUGAAGUUCGUCUUCUCAGUGGCCCUAACAAUGAUUUUGAGAGCAUUGAAGCUGGAUGGGCGGCUGAUGCUUCAAAGACAACAGGUUGCUUUGAUCUCACUUGUCCUGGUUUUGUUCAAACCAGCCAUAUAAUUGCUCUUGGAGCAGCAAUUCAUCCAAUCUCAUUGCCUGAUGAACUUCCAUAUCAAAUAACCAUUUACAUCUUUAAGGAUCCAAACAUGGGUAAUUGGUGGCUGCAGAAUGGAGAUAGAAUCAACAUUGGAUAUUGGCCACCUGAAUUAUUCAGAGCUUUGAGCUCCCAAGCAGUAGCUGUGGAGUGGGGAGGUGAAGUAUACAGCUCCAAACUGGGUCAUGCUCCCCACACUGCAACAGCAAUGGGUAAUGGAAACUUCCCAGACCCUAAUUGGGGCAAUUCAGGUUGGAUAAAAAGAAUGCGAAUUCAUGACAAUUCUGCUGCCUUGAAGUUCCCAGAUUAUGUGAGUGAUUAUGUUGAAGAUCCUGAGUUUUAUUAUGGAGGGCCUGGAAAAAAUUUUAUAUGCCCAUAA